GUUUUGGAGAAGAUUAGAACCAAAAGACGUUUUUUCAUUUUCCCUUUCACAGAAAUUCCAUUGAUUUUUUUUUUCUAUCUUUUUUAUUGUUCUGUUCCACUGGUCACGUGUGCACCUCACCCAAUCAAAUGGCAGUUUGCUCUCAACUUAUUAGCUGACUAGGGCUUUGUGUGGGGGAAGUUGCCUCUCCAUUUUCACAUAUUGUUAUUUUGUGAGCGUGUUACUGUAUGUGUGUGUUAGUGUUUUUAUGUGUGUGUAUACAUGAGAGUGCGUCCCUGCCAUGUCGACAUCCGGAGCUCUGACAGGAUAUUAUGUUGACUCUCUUGUUAUGCCGGACAUCGAGGAGUCUCGCUUCUCCUCAGGUUCAGGGCUCAUUCAGCACAGGCCCUCCGUUCUACCCACAGACCAUACAGAGCUCGGUCCCUGCACAUUCCCGGCAAAGCAACCCGUUUAUGGUGGCUCGGGUUGGGGCCACAUCCCCACGCAUUUCUCCAGUGGUGUACCGUCAGUGUAUCAGCCGCAUACGCAACCUCCAGUAGCUGGGGAUUACGUGCAGUCUUGGCUCUUGGACUCUGCAUGUGGGCUGCCUCUCACUGAGCUACCGACGGUCCAUCACCACUAUCAUACCAAACCUGAUACAAACAGAACGAAUGAUAAAGGCACAGAGGCCAGUUCACACGCCGUGCUCCCUUCUGGAGACUUCAGUAACGGAGGAUGUUCUACCGACACCGAGACAGCGUCUGGCCGGACUGCUGAUAAGGGAGGAGAUGUACAGGAGAAACCAGGCGCCGAUCCAGACAACCCUGUGUCCAACUGGCUUCACGCGAGCUCCACGCGUAAAAAACGAUGUCCUUAUACUAAGCACCAGAUCCUCGAGCUGGAGAAAGAGUUUUUAUUUAACACUUACCUCACGCGCGACCGGCGGUACGAGGUCGCCCGUCUACUGAACCUCACGGAGAGACAGGUCAAAAUUUGGUUCCAAAACCGCAGGAUGAAGAUGAAAAGAUUCAACAAAGAUGGAACGAAGGACGACUAAGAAUUUAGCACUUCGUGUAGGUUAGGAUGUGAGAUUAUCCAUCCUUUUAUUGAAAUGAUAAUUUCGUGGGAUUUUACAUUAGGCCUAGGUCUUGUGUUUGCCUAUUCAAGUAUUUUCUUAAAGCAUGCUGAGAUCCAAUAGUUUUAUCUAUAGAUAAUCUAAUAUAUUAAACUAUUUGGAUCAGGCUAUUUGUUUGUCAUAAGUGGUUCCAUCUUAAUGAACACCGCACAAAUCUGUUUUUCAGACGUAUGUUUAAAUACUCGCUAACACAGCAUUCUUCACAAUUCCGUAUUUCAUUUGGACCAAAUUUAUUAGUAGCCUAACAUGUCGGGAAAAAAAGUGUAUUCCCCUUCAAUUGUAGUUUGUAUGUGUGUUAUUUCGGGCCGCAAUUUACAGUUUUCUUAUGUUCUGUAGCGUUUCCUAAAUUUUCACUAUAAAAAAAUGGGCCCAGG